GUUUUAACUGCUAUUUAGAAGAGAGAUCUUCUCAAAGACUGAACACCUUUGCCCCUUCUAUUAAGGCAGGAGAUCUCACAGCACACAUCUUCUGAGACUUCUAAAUCUGUGAAAAGGACAAUGUGAGCUGCUGCCUUCAGGCGUCCUGAUAAGUUGGUGUUGAGAGGAAGCAGUUAGUGCCUUGCUGUUCAGUCAGCAGAAUUUCUGAGGAUCCUAGCUCCUGUUUGCCAUCCCAACCAAAUAUUUGCCAUUUCCUGUUUGAAACGAGACGACUCGUGAAUUGCAGCUGUCAGCCAUAUUUUUCAAGGGAGAGGACUACCUUUUCCUCGUAUAACUGACCAUAACAACAAAUACGCAGGGAUGUCUAAGAAACAAAAUCAGAAAGAUCCAUCAGGGUUUAUUUUUGAUGUGCAGUCCAACACUGUGAUGGCCCAAGGAGGAACCUUUGAAAACAUGAAGGAGAAGAUCAGCGCAGUACGUGCGGUGGUCCCCAACAAGAGCAACAAUGAAAUCAUUCUGGUGCUACAGCACUUUGAUAACUGUGUGGACAGAACAGUGCAGGCCUUUAUGGAAGGCAAUGCCAGCGAAGUAUUGAAAGAAUGGACAAUAACUGGCAAGAAAAAGAACAAAAAGAAGAAAACCAAACCCAAACCUCCAGCUGAAGCAGGCACUGGCCUCCCAGAUCCUGGGAAACUGGCAUCCACCGAAGGGGAACAGUCUGCAGCGUCCUCGGAGAAGGGCGGGAUUAAUGGUUACCACGUCAACGGCUCAGCCAACGACACAGAGUCUGUGGACUCGCUCAGUGAAGGCUUGGAUACGCUUUCAAUAGAUGCCAGAGAGUUAGAGGAUUGUGACUCGGCCACACCUGACAUGCCUGAUGGAACAGUGUCUGAGCUAGACAAUGGAAUAGUGGACUUUGAGCCAAAGUCACCCGUAAUGCACUCUUCCCAUAAUCCUCCAUCUGUCAGGCCGCAGCCAGGGCAGAGGAAUGCCAGCAAGUCUAGGUCCACAGCAAGCAACCAGAUGUCGGCUUCCUUCUCUUCAGCCAUGCUGGAAGAUGUUCCGGUUUCUUCUUCCAGCAAGAAGUUAGGUUCCAAUAUUGAGAAAUCAGUGAAGGACCUCCAACGUUGCACCGUCUCACUGGCACGGUAUCGAGUUGUGGUUAAAGAGGAGAUGGAUGCCUCCAUUAAGAAAAUGAAGCAGGCCUUUGCUGAACUGCAGGGCUGCCUCAUGGACCGAGAGGUAGCGCUCCUAGCCGAAAUGGACAAAGUGAAAGCAGAAGCAAUGGAAAUCCUGGUCAGCCGACAGAAGAAAGCUGGGGCUCUAAAGAAGAUGACUGAUGUUGCCGUGCGCAUGUCAGAGGAGCAGUUGGUAGAGCUUAGAGCUGACAUAAAGCACUUUGUCAGCGAACGCAAAUACGAUGAAGACCUGGGCAGAGUGGCACGAUUCACCUGUGAUCUGGACACAGUCAAGAAGAGCAUCAGCUCAUUUGGGCAAGUUUCCCAUCCAAAGAACAGUUACUCAACCAGAUCCCGGUGUAGCUCCCUCACAUCCGUGCCCCCGAGCCCCAGCGAUCCCUCUGCCCUGGCAUGUGCCUCUGCUCCCAGCCUUCCCCCUGCAAGCAGGAAGCCCCCGUCCUCGGCAGAAACACCUGCAGCCGGAGCCAGCGCCGGCAGCCGUCCAUGCCUGCCUCACCGAGAGGCCUUCCAGGGUAACAGGAGACGAGGCCAGGGUUCCCGGCUCCAAGGCCAGCGCCGUUCCGGCCCCUCCAAUCCCGGAAGACCCGACAGUACGAACCGGUCCAGAAACGGGCCUUGGGCACAGCCCAGUUCCAAGUCUCAGAAUUCCCAGUGCCGACCUGCAGGGGUUGCUAAUGACCCUGGCCAGACUCAUUCCACAGGAACCAGUGGAACUGGUACCGUCUCGCCAGGGAGCCAGCCCGUCCACUUGGCCCAGGCGCAUCCAGCCACACCCGACACAGAAACCGUGGGUCUCCCCCAACGCAGGCCGAGGGCCAGGCAGCUGGAAGCGGCCAGUUCCUGAGCAGCGAUCCAGAGCCUUUCCCUCGGCUUGAGAACGGGACUGUAGGAAACUCCUCGCUAGAGAUUAACAAAGGGACGUUUACACUUCUCUCUGGGGCCCCUUUUCUCUCCCCUCCUCUGUGCGUUUCCUUCCCUGCCCGCUCUUUGUGGAAGCUGCUGACGGCACCUCCAUUCAUGUUACUGCAGUGGGGCGGGUUUGGGUUUUCCUGAGAACACUCUGCUGCCGCUAGAUCUUCUGCGUCCCCGGGCGACUGCAAGUAUCCUGAGGCAUCUUUUCCUGCAGGCCUGGGCACAGCGCAAAAUAACUUCCACGGAGCCCUCCUUGGCCCCGACACCCAGAGGUGUGAAGCUUCCUUCCCCCUCCCAGCCAGCUCCCACUUGAAAUCCCACACUGUUCAUGCUGGCAGUGAAGACGGCUGCUGUGAACUGUGAGUGCUGGGGAGCCGGUCGGAUGGGCGAACGCCUCCUUUUCCCCGGAGCUGCUCCAGAUCCCAGCGGCCACCCGAGCCUUGCUGCAGCCCAGAAUGAAACUGGUCACCAGAGUGUCCCAGACCCUUGCUAGCUGGAGCCAUGUUGCAGUUCUUGUACAAAUUUAGAUGUUCCCUAUUUUUAAUGUUCGGGGCGGGUGUCUCUCUAUUUUAUUCACACCCCACCCUCAUCCCAACCCCAUCUUGUCCCUAAACUAAAUUUAAAAGUCUCUAAAUUAGCAGUGCUAAUCCUAGGUAACGCCAGUCAGAAAUUGCUCCCAUCUUUCUUUAUAGUUGUACAAAUAAAGAUAAUGCUGACGACAUA